GAAGUUGCAGCCGCAUGGGUUUGCUACAGCAUUGCGGUGAAAAAAAGUCACCCGCAAUGCAUCUCCGAGCAAAAGUAUUGUUUCACCACCUGGGCAGGCUGCGAAAAACCCAUCUGCCUCCGAAGACAAUCAACUUAGAUUAGCAUCGCCCGACCAAUGACAGCAGAGCAACCUGUGUCCUGGCCACCGCAAAUAUCUUUUCUCCAGAGUAUCUCGCAUCUCUGUUUAGUUGUACGAUGUAUGAACAUAUGCUCCAUUACGCUCGAAGUUGAGCAGAAAUCCUGCGGCUUCGCGAAACCUCGGGUUAUUAGGAGCGCUGGCACGCUGAACUUCCGCAGUCUGCAAUAUCUCGGCGAAGAAAGCCUCAAGGAUGCUUACUACGACAUUCGCAGGCCGAAAUUCGCUACACGAUCUCUGGGUCCGCAACAGACAAUAUGUCGGCAAAGAACCUGCCUGGGAGGCGGAAAUCCGCAAAGGUGGCACGUUCAACAACUCAAUGUUCGAGGAACUUACCGACCCAGAAUCCAUCGCAAAACUUGUUUCGCGUGUUCCUGACCAAAACGAAUCUGCCUCACGAGAUUCCGGCCUGGUAAAAACAGCAAUCAUGGCGACAACACGCGAAUCUUGGCUUGCGGAUGACCGUUUCACCAUUGUCCUCGACUCGAUGGACUGCGGACAUGAAGUUGGAGAAGCAGAGCUCGAUGAACAACCGUGUUGAAGCUUUCAUGAAGCGUUAUCAUUAGGCCUUUCGGCUGGUAAUUCCGCAGGGUAAAUUAAUUGUUUGCUUCGAAGUA